GCGCGCGGCUCCAGCCUGCGCGUGCUUGUGGCCUGCGCCUCGGGGGUCGCCAGUCACGGCCCAUCUGCCCAGCGCUCAGCACCUCCAUGGCCACAAUUCAGCAGGCACACUAAACUUAGAUGCAAACUUGGCCCUGUUGAAAGACAAAAUGAAGAUCCAGCCAAUAUUUAUAAAGCCCCACGCAACGUAGCUUCGACUUUCAAUAGAUUCAUCCACCAAGAUUACAGUCACCAGAUGCAACCAGACACGACGCGCACAUACACGCACAAAAUAACACGGAUAAAAGUAAUUUAGAGAAGGAACAGCAACUCAUCAUCACUGGGCUCAGUGACUGACGCAGAGGGGAAGCUAUUAGUUCGAAUCAUAAACGAGUGCCAUCUUGUGAUUUUCAUAGCGCUUUUACAUCUAGUCAAUAACAUAAUUAUCUAGAUUGUUUAUACAUUACUACGAGACCUAAGUCUAAGUGUAGUCGAUAUUUAAAUAAUAAACUCGAUAUUCAUCGUUGAACAAGAGAGGUUUAAAGCUGCUGCACACGCGCGGUCGCAUAGCUGAAACUCAAAUUGAAGAACUUGUGUAAAUAUACGUAAAUAAAGAUAUAGAAAUAGAAGAGUGUGUGCAUAAGCGUUUGAGUUUGUUUUGUCCACGCGUGUGUGUCUGUGAUCUCAAAAGUUGACCGGAUUAGUUUGCCGGAAGUAAAGCAAGCGAGAAGAGGCGCACAGAGAAGAAACAGUAACAAACAUGGCGUUCGCAGCGGCAAGAAUGAUACUCAAGGACAAGAGGCGAAAGCCUAGCAAGGAAGACUUUGCACCACGUAAUAGGAGCAAGACACGCAGUGCCAGUACAAGUAGCUUUAGAAGUCUAAGUCAGGCUCGAAAUAAACCGGCCGACGGGACUGGUCACGUGAAUCAGAAAGGCACCGCGGGCCAAAAGGCGCCGCUCACCGGUGGCCAAAAGGGAGCACCGGGCGCUAAAUCGUCCACUAAGCCCACCACCAAGCCCAGCGCUCAAAAAGGCCAGGUCAAGGUCACGCCCAAGGCGGCCUGCGUCAAGACCACCGCCGGCAAGAACAAAAAGAAGGGUCAGCGACAGCAAUACGAUCUGAUUGUCACCAUCAAUUUGUCCGAGUAUGGGCUUACGGAGGACCAAGUUGCAGAGUUCAAAGAGGCUUUCAUGCUUUUUGACAAGGAUGAAGACGGCACAAUCACGAUGGCCGAAUUGGGAGUUGUCAUGCGUUCGCUUGGACAAAGGCCAUCGGAAAAUGAACUACGAGACAUGGUGAAUGAAGUAGACCAAGAUGGCAAUGGUACAAUUGAAUUCAACGAAUUUCUACAGAUGAUGUCUAAGAAAAUGAAAGGUGCCGAAGGAGAAGACGAACUUCGCGAAGCAUUUAGAGUAUUUGACAAAAAUAACGACGGUUUAAUAUCGUCAGUCGAACUUCGACACGUUAUGACAAAUCUUGGAGAAAAAUUGUCCGAAGAAGAGGUCGAUGAUAUGAUCAAAGAAGCAGAUUUAGAUGGUGAUGGAAUGGUUAACUAUGAAGAAUUCGUGACAAUCCUGACGUCAAAGAAUUAGUUCGCUUAAAUCCCAAGUACCACCGAGCAUAUUCGAGUAUUCGAGUAAUGCCCAUAUAUUCAACUCGUAAACGUCUACACUAUGGGAUACACACAAACAGCGGUAAAAACAAACUAUUCUUCAAGCAUACGACUAAUCGGCCAACAUCGAAGGACUAUGAAGCUGGAAGGAAUAAAAAGUGGGUUUGCUACGGUAAAAUCUCGAAAAGUCAAGAGUGCAGUCGUCAAGAUUUUCAAAAAAUUUACCAAAAAAAAUGAUGACGAAAUUAAUUAGACGGUGGAAAAGUUGAUGACUGAAUAAGCUUUACUCGCGUUUGUGGUGUUGUUUAAUAAAAAUUAAAAAAAAAUGUGGAUGCGUGGCCGCAUUCGUUUCAGACAUGCGGAUAUACAAAUCAAUACGUAUAUACAGCAAACACUAGUUUAUUACUGAGUAUAAUCCACAGGACGAGGUCUUUUUCGAUAAAAAAAACAUAUAUUAAUUAAAUAAUAAUAAUUUAUAUAACAUAUAAUGAUAAAGUAUGUAUAAGUUAAGUUUACGUUCCAAUCGUUUAGUUUGAAAAAUACCAUUCGAUAAUAUAUUAUAAAUAUAUAAAUGUAUGUGCAAAGAAAAAAAACAAUUACAAUUAAUCGCGCUGGUAUUUUUAUAACCUUAAGGAAUAGGUUUUCAAUCGUAUGCGUAUAACGAUGUCUACAUUACAUGGAAUACUAUAUACACUUGAGCGAGCGUUGGACACGUACAUAUUUCUACUUCUAUAAUGUAUACGUUAUUUUUCUACGAGUGUGACUGUGAGUCGACUCGGUUACGCUGCAUUAGGUGUAACAAUGGAUUUUUUCGCAUUUUGUAUAAUGAACUUGCAUUGCCUGCAAAAUACAUUAUUUCUACAUUGACUGUAUGAACUUUACUUGUUUCAUUUUUUUUCAAUUUAUUAAACAUGAGAGAAUACGGCGCAAUCUUCAUUCGAUAAAUAUUACCUAUAAUCUACGAAAGUUAUAUUGUAUCUUGUUAUAUGUGAAAGAUAAAAAAAACUGAUUACAAUUAACAAAAGAAAAAAAAAAUAAGCACAUACGCGCGAGCGAUCGCUCCAUGAAACAAUCAACAGAGCUUCGAUUAGCAAUUUUACAAAAAAAUGACAAAUUAUAGAUCUUAUAUAAUAAAAAAAGAAAUGUCGAAUGGAAAAUACCGUAAAUCAAAUGAAAAAAUUAGUUAGCUAGCAUGAACAAAUAAUGUAGUACUUGUAUACAAUAUACUAGACAGAUUUCCUUGACUAUGCAUUGCUGAAUGAAUAAAAUCAACGAAAAGUUCAUUGUGUUGUUACGUCUUUUGGAAAAAGGAAAGUCUGAUCUAAUUUUAUAAUUCUGUGCACCGAUGAUCGUAUAUUUAUAAAAUAUACCUCCGUUAUUUUGUUACCGCUGAAAAAUUUAUAACUUCUGCAUUACAUUUGUAAUAUUCUUUGCUAUAUAUUCUACGGCAUGUAUUGAUCGACGUAUAGCGAUAUCGUACAUGUGUGGUUGUAUGACUAAUGUCAUUGACCUCUUGCGUCUACGCAAAAAAAAUCAAGGUGAGUUAUAUGACGACAAAAAAAUAAUAGUAGCCACUGUGACAAAACAAUACGUACGGAGCCACCCGAUAUAUACUAAUAUAUUGUAAAUGUUUACAUUUAUCUUCGUCUUCUUACGUCUCUUCUACAGUAUUUAUACAGUGUGUUUAGGCAAACUUCAAUAGGAUACUUCAGUAUAGAUUUUUUCAAUUAUUCGAGAAAAAAUAUAUUAUGAUUUAUUGUGUCAAAAACAACCGAAGAUUCGUUCAAUUAUAGUUUGCAAAAUUUAAUUUCAAUAGAAAAUAGAAUUUAAUAGAAAACAACAAAUCUUCGGGGAUAACAUAAAGAUUCGAGUGGUGCUAAAAAUCAGUAGAUCGUGUCCUCUCCGACGUUUUUCGCUAUUGUUUGUACUGCAGCUGUGCUGAUGGCACCUCCAGUCAAGUACAAAUAUUAACAGUGAUUGACGAGAAUAUUCACAAAUUAACAAACGAAAUAAUAUAACCGUGAAACUCUUGAAUAGUUAGCCGUCUAUAAUAUGUAUAUCUUAUGUAAUUAUUAAUUAUACACGAUACGCAUAGUAGGCUAAAUAUUAAUAAAAGAAAUUGAGACCUAUCUCCCUCUGGGAUGAACAAUUUUUCGAUUUCAUUUAGUAGCUCCGUUUGCCUAAAUAAUAUUUAGUUCGCCAAAAUGAAAAAAAAAAAAAAUAAUAAACGAAACGUUGCCCAUUUGCCGCUGAUAAGAAGCCAAUGGUGUAUUAUAUCUAAUAAAAAGAUGGAGAAAAACAGCCGGGUCUAAUAUACGCACGGCACGGUUCUCAUUCCUGAUGAUUCUGCGUGCACUUUCUGUAUACACUUGUAAGCAUGCAAACAUAUAUAAAUACGCUAAUCUAGUCGAUGUAGCUAAAUACGUUACGUAUAUACACACGAGAGAGAAAAUCAAGCCCAAA